CGGCGCCGAGCCCGGGCCCGGCGGGCGGCGGGGCGAGCGGCGGGCCGGGCGGGCCGGCCGGGCGGCGGGAAGAUGGCGAACGUGGGGCUGCAGUUCCAGGCGAGCGCCGGGGACGCGGACCCGCAGAGCCGGCCCCUGCUGCUGCUCGGGCAGCUGCACCACCUGCACCGCGUGCCCUGGAGCCACAUCCGCGGGAAGCUGCAGCCCCGGGUCACCGAGGAGCUGUGGCAGGCCGCCCUGGGCACCCUCAACCCCAACCCCACGGACAGCUGUCCCCUGUACCUGAACUAUGCCACGGUGGCCGCCCUGCCCUCCAGGGUGAGCAGACACAACAGCCCCUCGGCCGCCCACUUCAUCACCCGGCUGGUGCGCACCUGCCUGCCGCCCGGCGCCCAUCGGUGCAUCCUGAUGGUCUGUGAACAGCCCGACGUGUUCGCCUCGGCCUGCGCCCUGGCCCGCGUCUUCCCGCUGUUCACUCGCCGCUCGGGGGCGUCUCGGCGCACGGAGAAGAAGACGGUCGUGGUGGAGUUUCUCCUGGUGGGACAGGACAACGGGCCGGUGGAGGUGUCCACGCUGCAAUGCUUAGCCAGCGCCACGGAGGGUGUGCGGCUGGCGGCCCGCAUCGUGGACACGCCCUGCAGUGAGAUGAACACGGACACCUUCCUCGAGGAGAUCAACAAGGUUGGGAAGGAACUGGGGAUCGCCCCCACCAUCAUCCGGGACGAGGAGCUCAAGACGAGGGGCUUUGGAGGCAUCUAUGGCGUCGGCAAAGCUGCCGUCCAUCCCCCGGCCUUGGCUGUCCUCAGCCACACCCCCGACGGAGCCACACAGACCAUCGCGUGGGUGGGCAAGGGCAUCGUGUAUGACACCGGAGGCCUCAGCAUCAAAGGAAAGACCACCAUGCCGGGGAUGAAGCGAGACUGCGGGGGCGCUGCCGCCAUCCUGGGGGCCUUCAGAGCCGCCAUCAAGCAGGGUUUCAGAGACAACCUCCACGCCGUCUUCUGCUUGGCCGAGAACUCAGUGGGGCCCGCAGCCACGAGGCCGGAUGACAUCCACCUGCUGUACUCUGGAAAGACUGUGGAAAUCAACAACACGGACGCCGAGGGCCGGCUGGUGCUGGCCGACGGCGUGUCCUACGCCUGCAAGGACCUGGGCGCUGACAUCAUCCUGGACAUGGCCACGCUGACUGGGGCGCAGGGCAUCGCCACAGGCAAGUACCACGCGGCAGUGCUCACCAACAGCGCCGAGUGGGAGGCCGCCUGCGUGAAAGCCGGCAGGAAGUGUGGGGACCUGGUGCACCCGCUGGUCUACUGCCCCGAGCUGCACUUCAGCGAGUUCACCUCGGCCGUGGCCGACAUGAAGAACUCGGUGGCGGACCGAGACAACAGCCCCAGUUCCUGCGCUGGUCUCUUCAUCGCUUCGCACAUCGGCUUCGACUGGCCUGGGGUCUGGGUCCACCUGGACAUUGCUGCACCCGUGCACGCUGGUGAGCGCGCUACGGGCUUCGGCGUGGCGCUCCUACUGGCUCUGUUCGGCCGAGCCUCCGAGGACCCCCUGCUGAACCUGGUGUCCCCACUGGGCUGCGAGGAGGACGCGCAGGAGGACGACAUGGGCAGGGACUCCAAGAGGCGCAGGCUCGUGUGAGGCCGGCCUCACUCCGCACUCACCAGCCUGAAGCCGUGGGAAGACAAGCCGCCCUUCAGCUGGGCUUUGGUUGGUUUGGUUUGUAACCGUGGUGGUGGUGGAACCGGCGCGCCCGGGCAUCUCCGACGACAGCUCGGGGUUUGGUGGGGCCCGGGGCUUGUUUCCGUGUGAGUCCCGCGCACGCCUGCCUGUCAGCUUUGCGCACCGGGCCGCCCCAGCACUGCCCUGGCAGGUGCCCCGUCCUGCCCGUGGCUCCGCUCCGGCUCCUUGGAGAGGUGGAGCUGUCUGGCUGCAGGGGCCUCGCCCUGGCCCUUGGGAGCUCACUCGCAGGUGAAUUAAAUCCAGCCACACCACA